ACCACCUCAGGACUAAGAGCUUCCUCGACAACUAUCAAACUACUGACGACGCGCCGCACUUUGUGCAUUUCUCGUGAACCGCUUACUAUUGAGUGCCACGAUGUUUGCUCGUCAACUUUGCCGCCUCCGACCCGCUCUCACGCGCCGUCUUCCCGUGCGAUCCCGGCACAUGAGUUUGCCGGCGGAAUUCCGGGCCUUGGAUCGAAUGAUGGACGAUUUCUUCAGGCAGCCCAUGAUUCUCAGUCGGCCGAGCUUCAGACGUCGAGACCUGCUUGGCGAAUUCGAAUCCAGACUACACCUACAUGAGAACGACGGAAAACUGAUUGCACAAAUGGGGUUGCCCGAAGGUGUGAAGCCAGAAGACGUGAAAAUAUCUCUCAAGGAUGAUUGUUUGAGCGUCUCCUUCCGCUUCGAAUCGAAAAGAGAGAAUUUCACGUCGGUCAGCGAGUUCCAUGAGAAGCUGAAGCUCGAUCAAGUCGAUUUCGAAAAAAUGGAGGCCAUGGUUGAUACGCAUGAAGGCGUACUCAGGAUCGAAGCUCCGCUCAAGGAUAACAAAGCCGGCGAAAGUCAAGUCAAACUGAAUAUCGACAGGAGCGGCGGAGACAGCAAGAAAAUUGAAUCAUGA